AUGCCCACUGGGGAAGCCUCUUCCCAGUCCACUUCCCAAUCCAGCCAUCUUCAGGGCCCUUAUCCUCCGACCUCCCCCCCCCAGUCCUCCCUCCUGCCAGCAUCCUCCCCUCUUCUUGCACUACUCCCAUCUUCCAACCUCUACUGCCACCCCAACAACCGCCUGCCCACGCCGACCAGCAGCAGCUUCAGCCACCAGCCACACCAGCCAGCAGCACCCCCGAAGCCCUCCCAGCUGCCCCAGGGCCAACGAACCCUCCACCACCACUCCUCCGUCCCCCGCUUCACCCAGCCCAGGCUCACCCUGCGCCCCAGACUCAACUCCUCCACCACCCCGCUCGUCAUCAGCAAGAAGACCUACAGCCCGACACCCACGCCCAUCCACACCUCCCUCGCCCGCACCCCCUCGACCACCUCCCAGCCGUACUUCCUGCCCACCGCCACCACCACCCGCGCCCACUCCCCCGACGCCGCCUCCGACCGCUCCCUCCACUCCGCCUCCACCGACUCCCUGCCCCUCUCCACCGACGCCUCCUCCGUCUCCUGCUCCAGGAAACUGCCCCCCGUCUCCUCCACCCUCUCCCUCCAGAGCACCCCCUCCACCCAGCCCAUCCAUGUCAUCGUCCGGCUGCGCGACCAGACCAAGCCCAACCCCACCCCCCACUCCGAGCUGGUCUCCUUCGACAACGAGUCGAUCACCCUGCGCAUCCCCGUGGCCAUGACGGCCAACAACCAGCAGGUGAACUCGUACGAGUUCAAGGUCGACAAGGUGAUCUACCCGACGCCGAAUGCCCGGCUGAACGAGAAGGUGUACGAGCGCUGCUCCAUCGAGGCCAAGCUGCUCGGCCCGUUCCUCAACGGGUUCAACGCCAGUCUGAUUGCCUACGGCCAGACCGGCUCCGGCAAGUCCUUCACCCUCGGUUCCGACAACGACCCCGCCAACCACGACGGCCUGAUCCCAAAGACCCUCGAGCGUCUGUUCGUCCAUCUCGCCCAGGCCGACCGCCGCGACACCCGCGCAGAGCUGCUCGCCAGCUUCGUCGAGAUCUACAACGACGAGAUCGUCGACCUGCUCCUCACCCCGCCCCCCGCCCCCGACGCCCCCGCACCCUCUUCCUCGUCGAAGAAGGUGCCGAUCAAGAUCACCGAGGACAAGCACGACGGCUCGAUCGAGCUCGUGGGCUGCAAGAAGCUGCCGAUCACCGACCUCAAGCACGCCCUGCUGCUCUUCAACCACGGCAUGGCCCAGCGCGCCGUCGGCACCACCCAGAUGAACGCCGCCUCCUCCCGCUCCCACGCCAUCUUCACCCUCCAUCUCGUCUCCGACGCCCUCUCCACCUCCGCCACCGUCAACCAUCAGCUGCUCACCACCGACUCCCACAACAUCGUCAAGCGCACCGCCUCCAAGUUCCAGUUCGUCGACCUGGCCGGCUCCGAACGCGUCAACAAGACCAAGAACCUGCUCGGCGGGGACCGCUUCAAGGAGGGCAUCUUCAUCAACGCCGGCCUGCAUUCCCUCGGAAACGUCAUCUCCGCGCUCAGCAACCAGCCCUCCUCCCUAGACCCUUCCGGUGGCCCAGGCACAGCAAGCAAGAAGAAAAAGAACCACAUCCCCUACCGCGAGAGCAAGCUGACCAGACUGCUCAAGGACUGUCUCGGCGGGAACUCGAAGACGAUCCUGAUCAGCUGCAUCAGCCAGAACGCCCAAGACUUGAACGAGAGUCUGAACACGCUGCGGUACGCGAUCCGGGCGAAGAAGAUCGAGAACGUGAGCCAGAAGACGACGAAGGUGAUCUCGACGCCGUCGGCUUUGGCCUCGGGCGCGGGGAAGCCCGGGGGCAGCCGGAUCCCGCCGCCUGCGGGCGGGCGCCGGCCGGUCCCGGGCUCGUCGUCGUCCAGCGGCUCCACGCGCACCGUGCCCAGUCGCGCCGGGACGGUUGUCGUGGGCAGCGGGCGGCGGGAGAUCAAAAAGCCGAUGGUGAUGAUGAAGCACGAGCUGAGCAAGAUCAAGGCGCUCAAGGCCAUCGUCCACACCUUCUUCACCCUCAACAACUUCCCCACCGUCCGGCUCAACGGGCCCCUCGUGCGCCCACUCAAGAUCGACGCCCAGCUCGUCUCCAUCCUCCAGGCCCACUUCCUGCUCGACCUGCCCGCGCCCUCGGCGCUCGGCCUGCGCCAGCCGCUCGCUAACCGCUGCUCCCCCCGUCUGCUCCCCCCGCCCCCGGGUGCCCCGUCGCUGGUCAUCGACGAGCACGACCAGCCCGCGCUCGCCGACCCCUUCCUGCGCUUCCUGCUCGACCUUAACGCCUUCUUCGCCGCCGCCGGCUCCCCUUCCUCCGCCGGCUCCCCUUCCUCCGCCGGCGCCCAGCCGCUCCCCACACCGUCUCACCCCGCCUUCGCCUUCCGCCACGACCCCCCGGCCGGCCUCGCCCCCAGCCAUGCGUCCGGGCUGCCCAGACCCGCCCUCCUGCCGCCCCUCCGCGCCGCCAAGUCGCCCCGCCUCACCCUCUUCUAG